CUGCCAACGUAACAAUGCAUCAUACUCCCUAUAGCUUCCGGUGUUGAAAAGACACUGGUCCCGGGUAUCAUCUAGACAAGUCGAUUUGUCACAGCACCACCAUUGGGCCGCAGAGGAAAGGAAGAACGAAUAAAAAAAAGUUGACGGGAUCGAAGCAGGUACAAACUACCAUUGACAUCUCGAUGUAAUUUUCGCAUAUCAUAUCAUCGUCGAGUUAAAAAGAACAUCCUGUACUUACCGUUUCGACGAUAACAGCCAUCGAAUAGCGCUCCUUCACAUUUCAUAAAUCAGUAACUGCAUCGAUAGAAACGACCCCUGCAACGCAAGAAAAUCUAUGCUAUAUGAGUUUAAUUGGAAAUUAAAAAUCAUCUAUCUCAUCCAUCCGUCUACGGUAUUCCCGCCAAUCCCUACCUACCAUUCAUCAUACAUCAAAACCCAUCCAUACCCUACUAUUCCUAGCCCAGCAUAUCAACCCCGUUCGCUCCCCCGCAUCCUCACCGCCUGCCCGUAUUUCUGCAGCUUUGUAAUCAAUGCAUCUCCUUGCUUCACUACAUCGGCAUACUGCUUAUUCUUGUCGUCGGGCCGGUUGGUCUCAAUGAUGUUGUUGACACGGUCGAUCGUGCAUGCUAUCCGGUCGCCGGCGAUGAAUUUGGCAAGAUCCCUGUUUGAAACGAACGAUGGUUAGCCUUGUAGACACACACACACACACACACCCAAGCUCCUCGAGUUAUUAUUGUUAAAUGAGCGGGGGAAGGAGAGACGAUCGAUACGUACCUAUCAAGGAAAUCAACAGUGACGCCAAAAUCGUUGGCCAUGCUACUAAGUCCGACAACACGAUAACUCUGCAGUAGUUGCUGAUAUCCGCGUAACCGCAUCUCGCGCACAAACCACGCGCGGUGCUCAUAGAGAUAACGGUCCUGGCUCAGAAAAUUAUCCUCAACGGCCGCCAGUGCCAGGAAGAACGAACGAUAAAUGCCAUUGUACAAACUGCUGACGAGGUUGGAGAGCGGAGAGAAGUCCAUUGGUGCCUCUUCUUCCGGGGCAAAUCCACUUUCAGCGCCCAGGGUGGUAAGAUUUACAACGGUUGAUGCGACACCUGGGGUUGUGGUCGUAGCAGCAUCCUUCAUUUCUUCAUCUCCAGCUCCAGGUCCUGACGAAAUGGCGCCACUCAAGGCGGAUAGCCUGUCUUCUCCUUCACCGAGAAUGGCCUUGAUUUCAGGCGCAUCGACGACUUUUGCUUUAAAGUCGAGGCGCUUCAAGGCAAGGGAGCCAGCGAGGACAGAGUAGACAACAAGGGACGAGUAGCUGCAUAAUUCGUAGCUGGUGAAUGUGGACAAGCUGUCGAGAAGAAGAGGUGCGGCCAGGUUAUAAGAGCGGACUGUAAGGAGGUGAAGUCCCUUGUAGGCCUUUAGGCGAUUUCUUCGAUCCCAGUCCCCGCCACUCUCGACCAACGCACUUGCUCUCUCCACCUGCUUUUUGACAAACGCCUUAUCACCAAAAAACAGUCCGAUCCGAAUAAUUGCCAGAAUCAAGUCGAUCUUCGUGCCUAGAAUUCCGGUUUUCUCUAACACUGCUUCGUAAGCAGCAACUGCCUUGUCCUAUAUGCGUUGAAGAUUACUGUUAGAACAAAAAUUAAAAUGGAAAUGAACAAUAAAACCUGAAGAGAAGGAAAAUAAAUAAAAUCUUACCCUAUCGCCAACCCGGGCCCAGAACUCCGCUCGUUUGCCUCGAGCAGCUUGAACCUCAGUAUCACCCGCAGCCUCAGCAGCAUCGUCUUCCUCCUUUUGCAAAGCAUCCAGCUCCUUCUUAUUCUCAUCUACCAACGAAUCGUACAGCUUCUCGUCCCACGGCAGGGUAAGAUUCUGCGACACUUUCCUGCCAGACAGGAGAUUCGACGCGACUACGCCGCCUUUACUGCCUGCGGGGAUUGUGUGCUGGGAGGUGGUGCCUUCGCCCGUAGUGUUCAGGAUGCCGUCGACUGGGUGGGCCAGAUGCCGGUAUAGAGGGGCCAUAUGAUGUUGUGAAAUGGCAGAUUGCAGCCUCUUCAGCGAGGCCUGUUGGUGUGUUUGGGAACAUGCCGGGUUGGAGAGGUUAAAGAUGUCUUGGGCGAGGGAGAGGUUGGGGUAUUUGGCGUAUUGUGGAUCGGAACCCAUGGCUGCUGGUGAAAUGGAAGAGGAGAGAGAACGGGGGAGGUGAGAAAAUAGUAAAAGAAGGAUGUCGGUGCGAAAGAUCUAUAGUUAUAGAGAGGGUGGAUGUUGAUAUCCAAGUAUGUUGUCAGUCGCGAUGGUUGCUGGGUGAGCUGGAGUUUCUGAUGUUCCGGCUCCGAUAUGGCUGGCCUGGAAUAGGCCUAGCGUUGUCAGCCGGCUAGUUAACGGGAGGAGGUUGAUCAACCUCCUCCCAUCUAAACCUCGCUCACUACCUUUCAAAGGAUCUUGAACUUCUAAUAGUCCUAGGAUAUUACAAUCAGACGGUUACCUAUUGGGACUCAGCUGGGCCCAGCAUAUCGACCGUGCUCUGUUUUUGACGUUUACUUUAGAUGAAACAAUAUUCCAAUUAUUAGAGCUCAACAUGCCGACUCGGGUUUUCCCACACUACCCAAGGCUUAGGCCCAUAGAGCUGACCUACUUCAUGUUCCACGCUGCCAAAUGAACGGUGUUCCCAAUAUCCGUUGUCUACCACAGUCUUGAACAUCCGUUUCUUCAAUAGUUUAUAUAAAUUGCUAUUCUUCGACAGGAUCCUGGGACUUCCGCCAAAGAGAAUUCUAGUAACAGCCUCGACGAGUUUCAGGACCUUGCGGGAACCUAGGGCCUAGCUUGAUAUCUUUCAUGGGGAUUGAGAAGACAAGCAAUUCCCAAUUUCCAAUUGAUUGCUGCGGAGUUGAAUGAACCGCGAGCUGCAUCAAAGGGGCUCUUACGAACAUGGUUACUUGCGUUCGUUGAAACAAACAUGCAGAAAUGGAUGGAUGCGCCUCACAUGCAUUAGAAAUAAGACCAGCUGUGAUGUGCCUACGAAAUGAAUCAAUGGGUCAUGCCAGCAACAGUGAAUUGACUCGUGAAUUGGUCAAUUAGACUGCUCGUUUUCCUCGCGAUGCCACCCACCCUGCGGUAAAAGAUGGCCGUCAUUGAAAUGUUCAACAGUCAGCAGUCAACGGCAUCGCUGGGGAAGCUUGUAGCACAUUUUUAUCGUUGCAUUGCAACGAAGCUCAGGCAGCGCAGGAUAGAUCGCCUACAAUGGAAAGCAAGACAGAAAAAAAAGGACAGAAAAAAAGGUUCCCAUUCGUCUCAGGUAAGGUUGCUGUCCACCCCAAGACUACCAUAUCUUGUCUGUUGCAACCGUCGUCAUCCUAAUCAUCGCAAGAAAGAGCUUUCAUGUCAUUCCCUUGAAAAUGCGCCUUUAUACAGCCGACGAACCACAUGGUCCGUUCUUGUUCGCACGAUAAUGAUGGCAACAAGCUGCCAUGAACGUCAGGCGAAAACUCCCUGUGGCGCAUCGCCGUCGCUGGUAUCGCUGGUGUGCCACGGCAGUGGCUUCCACGGGCUUUAUAUGGGCCUGCUUCCGCAAGGCACCCUCAAAGCGGGGGGAAGAUGGGGGGAUGGCCCGGAUGGGAGACCUGUGGGUGCCUUUUAUUGAAGGUGAAGAGCAUAUUGAUCAAUGGUCAAAUGGAAAUAUAUAUACGUGCCGGAUACAUACGUAUACAUAUAUAAAUAUAUUUGUUGCUAUUUAUUUUAUUUUAUUUUAUUUUU